AUGCCUUCCGCUAACCCCUAUGAUUUAGAUCCAGAGGUUCGAGCAGUUUUAAAAAUCGAAACAUUUCAGGGAAAAUUUACCACCCGGGAUUUUGUGGAGAACACGACAAAAAAUUUACUAAAACAUGCCAAUCCCAAAGGUGCGUUUGAUCCGAAGCCAUUCAUAAGGACCUUUGAAAGAUCUAUUGAUGAACUUCUUAAAUUACGUGAAACAGUAACGGAACAAAGCAAAGACUUGGAAGCAAGUGUACAAUUAACCGAGGCGGGCUAUCGUAAAAAGUUGCACGAAUUGAAAAUCACUUUUGAGGAUGUGGUACAUUCAUUUGAAACUUUGGAAACCAGAAUUAACGAAGUUGGCAACACGGCCAUUAGAAUUGGUGAACAGUUGGAGACCAUCGACAGACAGAGACUUCGGGCUUCGGAAUCUAAAGAUUUGAUUGAAUACUUCAUGGCAUUUAAUAGAGGAGAUAUAGCAAGGCUAGAAAAUAUGCGAACAAAAGAUAAAGAUGGUCAAUUCAAGGCUGCAAUUAUCGCUAGAAGACUAAAUACCAUUGCCAAAGAAGUAGAUAUUCCUGGUGCCGGAGAUGCUAGAGCGCGUAUCGAAAAGUACUGUGAAGUUUUGGAAAAAGAAUUACUCGAACAAUUUGAUAAAGCAUAUAGACAAAAGGAUGUUCUAACAAUGAAGAGCUGCGCAAAAACUCUCCAAGAAUUUAAUGGUUGUGAGUCUUGCAUCAAGCUAUAUGUAAACCAGCACGAAUUCUUUAUUUCAAAAAUAAAUCUCAGCCAAUCAAACGAGUUCUUGACCAGUUCAAGUUGGAACGAUUUGCCAAAUCCACAGGUUCCACCACCUCCUGUCGAUCAAGGACUUAUAAGUCUUUAUGAGGAAAUUAGAACGACAGUGAGGCAAGAAUCUGAAAUUAUAAAUGUCGUCUUCCCUAAUCCGAUCAGCGUCAUGCAAGUCUUCCUGCAACGUAUUUUCGCUCAACUCAUCCAGACUUAUCUUGAGAGUCUUUUAACGCAUGCUGAAAAUAACUCUACACUAGCAUAUUUACGUUCAUUGGCGGCAGUGCACGUUGCCACGAAGCUACUUGCUGAGGACCUAAAGAGCCUUGACAUUCGUCAAAAAGAUUCCUCCGAUCAUAAUUCAUUUGACACUCAUGAAGAAAGUUCUCACAAAAAGAAUAAUAGCAUCGCAGAAGUUUUGGAGCAAUGCAUUGAAGAUUUAUUUGUUCCAUAUACGGAAGGUGAUCGAUAUAUCGAAAAAGAAAGGAAAUCUUUGAGUGAACUUUAUUCUUCGUUAUUAUUGAAGUUUACAGCUUAUCAUACCCAACAAAAGCAGGCACGGGCCACAAGUUUGAUUCAACGUGCAGUGAAUCAAAUAACAUCUUCUACUCCGAGUUUUAUAGGCGGAACAAACUUACUUGACAUUCCCACCACAGAAGAUGACGGAAAUCUUUCGAUCAGUGUUUCUAUGCUGAUCCUCAAAAUACACGCCGAAUCUAUAAGGAGAUCCGUGCAGCUUAGCCCUCCUUCAGAGCUAACCAAAUUUGUUAGAGUGUUAUUUCAUACAUUCCUGGAAUUCAUAGGAAAGCAAUACGUGGAGUUGGCCCUGGAUACUUGCUUAGAUCAAAUUGCGACGAUAGAUCCAAAAUCCGAGCCUGAUUUCAAACCUUUUUCUGUGAUCAAGAAUUCGCAUAGCAUCAUUCAUCUAUCUCAAAAUCAUUUCCAGGCAGCAAUCCUCCCCCUGGCCUCGUCAUCUUUGCCAAUACAUCGUGAUCUUACGUUCGAUAAAAAUAGAUUCAUGAUGGGUGUUGAAAAUAAGAUGAAUCUAGCUGUUCAGAGAACGAUCGAAGCCAUCAUCGCUAGACUGAACCAUUUGCUAUCACGCCAAAAAAAAGUUGACUUUCGACCCAAAGAUGAAGAUGACAACAUUGCGAAUAUAGCAACUGCGCCUUGCAAUGCUUGCGUCGAGUGUUUGAAGAAAGUUCAAACAAAUGCAUCUCAAUUACUUGAUGGGAAGAAUUUGGAACAUUUCUUAACUGAAAUAGGAAUCGCAUUUCACAGCAUGUUACUCGAUCAUUUUAAAAAGUUUAAUGUGAACGCUGCUGGUGGCUUGGUUCUUAGAAAGGACAUCGCAAAAUACCAAGAAACUAUUUCUUCGUUCAAAAUUCCUCAAUUAGAUGAGCGUUUUGAAAUGCUGAUACAACUGGGAAAUCUCUUUGUCGUAAAACCAGAAAUCCUUAAAUCUGUACUUAAUGAUGGAUAUCUUGCCAAGUUGGAUAUUAAAUAUAUUCUUCCAUAUCUGCAAGUUCGUACAGAUUUUAAGUCAGCGGGGAUUGACACGCUCCUCGGUGCGACAGCAGAAACUGGAACUGGGGAAAGAAACUUCAACGAGAAAGCUAAAGCAAGACUUGCGGCGAUGGGACUUAGUAUUGGACCUGCGAGUGGAAGGAAAUGGAUGACAUUAACUGAAUAG